CAAUGGGAGUUGGCUUGUGGAGCAAACACUGGGCGCUGCGUUCCCAUUCAUUCAGUGCAGAACAGGCCCACAGAGCAGAAGGGAGCGCACAGAGGACACAGCGUUUAUUUUCUCUCCCUCUCUCUCUAUCGCUCUCUCUCUCUCCCUGCUUCUUCCUCCGCACCACAGCGCGCAUUUCACUAGAAUUAAAGGCCAGAGCGCAGUCGCUGCUCCCAACAGUGUUGGAUAUAAGCUCGCAUUCUUCCCGGACGCGCGUUUUCGUCUUCUGUGCCACUCUUUUUAACGGGACUUCUUUAACUGGCUGCCUCACAAAUCGGCCUCCCAAGUGCGUAGCAGCUCCCCACGGCCACGGGUGACUUGUGUCUUUUCUUCAUCAAGAACUCCGCCGUGGAUUUAUGCAUGCGCACCCAGCGCUGAACUUUUACUCCACGCAGACACCGAAAGCAAAGGGAAUAACGCAGAGGAAGGAAUAUUUUUUUCGAGCUUGGAUUAUCCAUGUUAUGCGCUAGACCUCGCAGUCUGCGCUUGGACAUUGACCCUUUCCCGUUUUAUGGAGUUUUGCUAAAUCAUUUGGUUGAUGGAUUCCACGUUAUGGAUGCUUGCAUAUAGGUUUUCCAAUGCAUGUCCACGGUGAAUGUCGGAAGUGGUGAUCCCCCCAGAUGGAGCUCCAAAGUCAACAUGGCCCCGCCGGAUCAUUAGUGGUGAUCCAGCAGCCUUCCCUCGACACCCGGCAGAGGUCGGAUUAUGAGCGGGAGCUCCAGCAUGCCGCCAUACUCUCCCUGGAACAAAUCAAGGCCAUCCGCUCCAGCAAUGAGUACACAGAGGGGCCCUCGGUGGCACGGAGGCCCCCAGCGCCCCGUGUGGCCCCCAGGCCCCAGGACAAGCAAGAACGGACUCAUGAGGUCAUCCUCGUCAAUGUGAACAACAACUAUGAGCGCCAGCCAUCGAGCCAUCACCACCACAGCGGGGGUGGCAUGGUGGUCGUGGCUGCAGGGCAGCACUACAGUGGCCCUCGGGCCCCGGGACUCAGCCGCUCCACCAGCACAGGAAGUGCUGCCAGUUCGGGGAGCAACAGCAGCGCCUCUUCGGAGCAGGGACUCCUGGCACGUUCGCCGCCGACAAGGCCCGGGGCGAGCUUGCAGCACCACCACCGAGCAGAGCGGCCCGUCCGGACUCAGCCCAAACCCAAGCCCCUUUUGCAGCCCCAGCAGGGACCUCACCUCCACCAGCCUCCCCUGGAGGCGCCGCUCAAGCCCCCCACCAAAGGGAAAUCAGACUUUGAGGUAGUGGCCGCUGCCGGGCACCAAUUCAUCUGCGAGCGCUGUGGGAAGUGCAAGUGCAGCGACUGCACGGCUCCCAGGAGCCUGCCCUCGUGCCUGGCAUGUAACGGCCAGUGCCUGUGCUCUGCGGAGAGCGCCCUGGAGCACGGCACGUGCAUGUGCCUGGCCAAAGGCAUCUUCUACCACUGCUCCAACGACGACGAAGGGGAUUCGUGCGCUGACCACCCCUGCUCGCUGUCACGCUCCCACUGCUGCUCCCGCUUCCUGUGCAUGGGAUUAAUGUCGGUACUCUUCCCCUGUCUGCUAUGCUACCCACCUGUCAAGGGCUGUCUGAAGGCAUGCCAGGCCUGUUAUGACCGGGUCAACAGGCCCGGCUGUCGCUGCAAGAACUCCAACACUGUGUAUUGUAAACUGGAGAGCUGGGCCCCACAGAGCCAGGAAAAGCCUUCCUGAUCGCUUCCUGUGUGUGUGAGUGUGUGUGUGUGUGUGCGUGUGUGUGUGUGUGCGUGCACAGGGCGCUCCUGAUGUGGAUCAUAUGAUAACAGUAAAAAAAAAAAAUAACAGUGACAGUCACAGAUUAAUGUUUAUCAAACGUUCUAAGCACCUCCCACACGACUCCUCUCCUGGCUGCAGAACCCGAAGGAGCAACAAAGGAGUAACGAAAACCACUCGAUAUUUUUUUUUUUGUUUUUUUAUUUUUUUGCUUUCUCUGGAUCAGGACCGUGUUUUUACAGACCAGUGUUUGCCUUAAUUCUUUGUCUGUCCUCAGAUUCCCUGAAUAACGCUAUUUUUGUACUCUAGUUAAGAAUGAAAAAGUGCUUCUUCCGUUUGAGGCGGGCAGCUUUCUCCCGGCCUGUGCCUGUUCGGGGCUGCCUCCCACCAAAUCUGUGAAGGACGAUCUGUUUAGGGCGAUUAUGUAGCUGUUACCUGGUGUUCGUAGCCGACAGGUUUGUUGCUGCCACGUUAAAGCUGUGGCCUCUCUGCUCGCGUUGCAUUAACAAAAGCACAUCCAUCUCAUAGUAUUCUCCACUCGGAUAUGUUUCUCCUUCCACCCGUCUGGACUGUUCACACACACUCUGUGGCAUUCUCCCAUGUUUUUUUUUUUUUUUUUUUUAAUUAUUAUUAUUUGUGUAAAUUGUAUGCUCCGUAAGAGGAAUCUUUGGCUAUUUUUUAAAAAGAAAAAAAAAAAUGUCUGUUAAAACAUUUUUUUUUUUUGUUGUAAAAAUAUUUAUUAUGUGAAGCUCUAUUAUUUUAUGAUAUUUAUUGCAAGAGACAGUCUUAAAUUUACUCAUGUCUGAAUAUAACAAAAUAUCAAAAUACUUACUGAAAAUUAAAGGGUGGCACAAAAGAAAACUAUGUUAACUUUAAUGCAGAAAAUAUAUUAAUUAAUGAAAAAUA